AUGGAUACAUUAUUUAAUUCCACUAAAAAAAACCCUAGGGGUAUUCCAGAGGCUCCAUUUGUGGAAAAAGUGGAAGAUUUCAUCAAAGAUCCAAAUGAUUUCGAAUUAGUUUUUGGUAAAUUCCAGGAAAGAUUAUCUAAGUACAAAUUCAUGCAAGAAUCAAAAUUAUCAAAUAUUGAACAGUUGAAAUUGCGUAUUCCUGAUAUUGAAAACACUUUGAAAAUUUGUGAAAAUUUACACAACAAAGUACGAGAUGGUGAAGAUGACGAAAUAGAGACAAAUUAUCAAUUAAAUGAUACGUUGUUCACUAAAGCUGCCAUCAAAUUAGAUGAUGAAUUGAAAGUCGGUUUAUGGCUUGGUGCUGAUGUUAUGCUAGAAUAUCCUGUUGAUGAAGCCAUUGUACUAUUGCAUGAUAAAUUGGAAGCAGCAAAGGGUAAUUUGGAUGUUUCCACUGAAGACGUCGAAUUCUUGAGAGAAAACAUCACUACUAUGGAGGUCAAUUGUGCCAGAUUGUAUAACUGGGACGUGGAAAGGAGACAAGCAUUGAAAAAAGCUGAAGAAGGCACUAAGAACUUGAAAAUCUAG